AUGGGGGACAUUGACAACGUAUUAAUAAGUAUCAAAAAAAUAGAAUCAAUAAAAGAAUAUUUAACUCAAUUUAAUAAUACUAUACAAAAUGAGUUUGGAUAUUUUUGCGGAAUAAAAAAUAGAACUAUAAAUCUGGGAAUUAAUUUAAAUGAAUUCGAUCAAACUAUAUUUAAACGUUUAUAUUCAUCAUGGAGAAUGGAAGAUCUUAACAAUUUUAAUGGAAAAAGUGUUAUAAGAAUUAUGGAAAGAAACCCAUAUGUUAUAUUCUUUUUAUAUUUUUUAUUUAUUUUUAUUAUUGUUUAUUUAACUUCAUUUAUUUUGUAUACUAAAUGUUUUAGACGGUUACUGAAAAAAUUAUUUAAUUCAUCUAAAAAUGAUAGUAAUAAUAAAGAUAAAGAAGAAGAAUGGGCCAAAUCAAAUAAAGCAAAUAGAAAUUCGGUUAGCACAAAUAGCAAUAGCAUUAAAGAUAAUUAUAAUAAUGAACUUGACGAACUUAAUAACAUUAAUGAAAAUGCAGAAAAUAAUAAUGUCAUAAAGAUUGUAAAAAAAAGAGGUUAUAGAAUAAUAAUGAAUUUGAUCAUAUGUUGUUUUCUUUCUUGUCUUAUUUGUUUAGGAGUUUUGGGAAUGGCUAUUUUUAUAGAUGUACAAAAAGGAAUUAAUAUGAAUAUAUGUGGGUUAUCAAAAACAAUUGAAAAAUUUCUUGUUGAUAAAUGUCCCGAUACAAAAAAUGUAAAUUCGGAAUGCUAUUCUUUAGAACAUGUUGUUACAGAUGCUAUUUCUAUAAUGAAUCAAUAUCAAACCACGAAGGAGUUUAUUAAAGAUAAAACAAAUUAUAACACCAAUCAGACCUUUCCCGUCAUUUUAAGAUAUAAAACCGGAUUCAACAUGCUAAAAGUGCUUAGAAACAACAUCGAUAAAAAUAAUAAAAAAUUAGAAGAAGGAUAUCUUCAUACCUAUCCAGUUUUAAAAGUGCUUAGAGAAUCUUUGGACAAUAUUAUUACUAAGGGAGAUACUUUAUUAAGCCAAGCUGAAUCCAUUAUUGAUACUUCAAAAAAUGAAAUUUCGAAAAUAUUUAAUGAUGUAGAUAAUACUAUAAUUAGUGCAGUAAAUAAAAAUGUUCCCGACUUAAAAACAAAAAUAGAUCAUUUAGAACGGCUUAUAAAAUCAUAUGACAAAAAAUUUAAAAUCCGAUAUAUACUAAAUAAAUUUACAGCCAUAAUGAUGGCUUUAAAUAUAAUGAUAAUAUUAUUUUCAUUAAUUAUAUUAAUAAUAAUGUUAGCCUCUACAUAUUUUGUAAUAAAAGGGAAAUCAAUGGAUAAUAAAUAUAUUUCAGAUUUAUUUGGUUGUUUUAGUGGGGCUUUUGGAUUCUUAGCAAUUAUUGUUUUAGCAUUAGGAACAACCUUUUUAAUUUUAUCUGUUUUAGGUGGAACUAGUUGUAUUAUAUCUGAUCGAAUAUUAAAAAAUGAAUUUACUUUUGACUUUUUAAGUGAAAAUAAAAUCGGUUAUUGCUUAAAAAAUCCAAAUGGAGGACUUAUUGAUCGAACUGUUACAAGCCAAUAUAUGAAAUCUCUUGAUUCAUUAAACACAACGGAUUUAUAUAACAGUAUUGCACAAUAUAACGGUGAUUUUGAUAAAAUUAAGGGAGAUUAUAAAAAACAAUCAACAAUGAUAAAAGAUUUUAUAUGGGUAAUCAUUCCAACAGAUAACAAUGAAAUUAUAAAUCAAGCUAAGGCCGAACUUGUUAAAACAUCAUUACAAGGAACAUGUAUAACAAGAGAGAAUGUUCAAUUUGCAGAUUAUCAACUCAUGGGAAUAAAUUCGUAUAUGACAUAUUUAAAUAGAAUUGGAUUUACAGAAGGUUAUGGAAUGUGCUUUGAAGAUGAUUCAUGUGCAAAUGACAACAAAAAAUAUAAUAUCAAUUAUGACUCUAAAGUUACCGACGAAAAAUAUAUUACUGUUAGAAAUAAGAAGAGUCUAAUUUAUUCAGAUGAAGAUGUUGAUAGUGUACUUCAAAUAAUGGCAUUAAAAUCAAAAAUUAAUAAAGAUAAAAUUUUUGAUAUUAGCGAUUUAGAUGGGAAAAAAACGGAAAAAAUAACAUGGAAAGAAUAUACACCACAAAAUGAGCCUGGAGGAAAUAAGACAUCCAUUGUUCAAACAUAUUUUGAAAAAUCUAUUGAAUAUAUAAAUUUUGAAAUCAUUUUAACUUUACUUAGAGAAGUUAGUGAACAUAUAAAUAUAUUUAAAAAUCUUAUUAUCGAAAAAAGUAAUUCAUUAAUAGAAAAUACAAAGUGUAGUAGAUUAAUAAAUCUAAUGGCUAAUGUAAGACAUAAUUAUUGUGACAAUGGUAUUUUAAGAAUAACUCGAUUAUCAGUCAUACUUAUCUCUUGUGGUCUUGUCUCUUUUUGCCUUUGGUACCUUUUCCUUUUUUUUUGGAUAUACUAUCAAAUGAAGAUUAUUUAA